UCCCCAGUCGUCUCAUAUAUUCUCAGGUAUUCUUUGCGCUUCUUGACACGCUCGCCAGUGAUUGUCGGAGGAGGGUUGCCUGACGAAGAAAACCAUGUUCGCUUCUAAAUUAGCUCGCUCCACCUGGCGGGUUUCCGCUGCUGCCUUCCAGACCUCUGCAGCCCCUACUGCGGCCGGAGAUGUAACCAUCAGUAGGUGCCAGAAUCACGUCCCAGUAGCAUCCAGAUCGGUCAGUUCAUCAGCACGGCUGCAGAAGCCUAGCAAGAACAUCGUGAAGACAGCGACUGUUAAUGGUCUUAGAGAUGUCACGGAAGGCGUCGCACACAUGAAGACCAUCGAGGUGGGAUUCGGGGACAAAACGAGGUCCCUUUACCCACACGUCUGGCUCAGGGAGAACUGCCAGUGCCACGAGUGCUUCAGUCAAGGCGCCGUCGCUCGAGUGUUCCUGGUCGACGAAUUAGAUCUGAACAUUCAGCCUAAGAAGAUACAGUUGGAGAACGGUGGUUUACUGGUGACUUGGCCCGACGGUCACACCAGCGCAUUUUCAGGCCAGUGGCUAUACGACCGCUCGUUCAGUGAUGAGGCCAGGGCUAAACACCGUUCCAGAGCCAACCUUAAGAAGGUUUUCUGGGGCUCGGACUUCAAGAUUCCCACGAUGGACUUCGAUCUGGCCUUGACAGACGACAGGGCUCUUUUAGAAUGGCUGGUCGUCCUGGAAAAGUACGGCAUUAUCCUAGUGGAAAAUGCGCCGCAGAAAAAAGGACCUGUUCUUGAUCUCAUCAAAAGGCUUGGUUUCGCAAGGCCCACGCACUAUGGGCUUGAUUACGAGCUGAACCUUGAACAUCAUACCAACAACCUCGCUUACACGUCAUCUAAGCUCGGACUACAUACGGACUUGCCUUACGUUGAUUAUCCUCCGGGGACAACUUGGCUGCACUGCAUCAGACAACACGAAGGCAAGGGCGGGGACAACGACCUAUCCGAUGGAGUUCACGCCGCCCAGCUCCUGAAGGAGAGGGACCGGUACCUGUUUGACGUACUGACAAGAACUCCCAUCUACUUCCAGGAUUCGGGCUUUGAGAAUUACGACUUCGACAAGAUCACCAGAGCUCCCUCAAUACAGCUUGACGAAGAAGGCAACAUCUCCCGCCUGAACAUAUCAUCGCAAUCGCGAGAUUCCUUGAUGGAUUUGGACACGGAGGGCGUCCUCCUCUUCUACAAAGCCUUGAAGGCUCUCAACAACAUCCUCUACGAGAUCAGCAUCAGAGUGAAAACGAAACCAGGGGACAUUUUGGUACUGGACAAUUUCCGCGUCCUCCACGGGCGAACGCCUUACGAUGCCUCUAGCUCUUCGGGCGGCCGCAGCCUCCACAAUGCCUACAUUGACUGGAGUGAACUCCGGUCGAAGAGGCGCGUCCUGCAGAAGAAGUUUGGAGUGGAGUUGGAAUGAGGAGUUCUUCCCGGUCUGAACUCCGGGGAUUCAGUCGUUGUUUUCUGGAACAACAGAUCUCUGUGACUUUGGAAGGGAAUAUGUAGAAUGUAAAUUAGCUUUACUCUGUCAACACUUCUAAUUUAUAUUUAUUCACUUAUAAUAUU